AUGAAUGCUGGAGAAUUGCAAGCUCGGAAGAGUAUGAACGCAUGCCUAAAAAUUAAGAAGCGAGCAGCAAAACGUGCAAACAAACAUCUCCUGAAUAAGAGCUUUCCGUUAUAUGAUGAAGGUUUUACGGAGCCCUCAAAUCAGACAAGAGUAUCCGCUGAACUUAGCAUAUCAAUAAGUGGAGGAAAAGAAACUAACAUGGAUUCCCCUAGUAAUGGCGAGUGA